AUGUCUGCACCUCAUCCAUAUCCCCACUUCAAGGACUUUUACGCCAGUAAAAGUAGAUCCGAUGUGACCCUCUGCUUUGGCGAUGAAAAGCUCUGCGCUCACAAGCUUGUCCUCGCCGGUGCCUCCGAAGUGUUUCACACAGCCUUCAAGAGCAAUUUUGCGGUCGCCACCCAAGCCGAGUACAAAAUCACAGGCUAUUGA